AUGCGGCCAGGGAACCCCGGGCCAAGUGCGUAUGUGUGGCUGCGAUCCCCAGCCCAAGUGCACAUGCGUGGCCGUGAUCCCCGGGCCAAGUGCGCAUGUCAGGCUGGGGCAACAAAGCACUGCCCCCUGAGAGCUGAGAUAAAGCUGUCACGGAACAGCAAAGGUUAUGAGUUGUCAGUUGUGGCUCAGUGGGCAGCAGUCCAGCCUCACGGUCUGAGGCACGAGGAAAUUCUGCCGGGAUUGGCUGACUCACAGAAGCCAAGUGGUGUUAACACAGGUGCAGCCAAGCCAGGUCCCUGGGGCAUGGCAGCCAUUCCAGCACAGUUUGGGAGCCUGCUGCUGCUCGUGAUCCUCGGAUUGGUGGCUCGCAUCCACUGCGGAGUGAUUUCGAAACGCUCUGAUGAGGGUGACGAUUCCAAAGAAGGUGUCGAAAUAAAAAUCAAAGUGUUCGGAUCAGGAGGAGAUGAUGAUUCAAAAGAAAGUGGUAAAAGGAAAAUCAUUGUGAUUGGAUCCCAAGAAGAUGAUGACUCUGCCGAGAAUGAGAGUGGGCCGGAUACUAAAGACUCUGCAGAAAAGGAGAGUCACUCUGCAGCUCGAGAUUCGAAAGAAAGUGGUGAAAGGAAAAUCAAAGUGAUUGGAUCCCAAGAACAUGAUGACUCUGCCGAGAAUGAGAGUGGGCCGGAUACUAAAGACUCUGCAGAAAAAGAGAGUCACUCUGCAGCUCGAGAUUCAAAAGAAAGUGGCGAGAGGAAAAUCAAAGUGAUUGGAUCCCAAGAACAUGAUGAUUCUACAGAAAAAGAGAGUCACUCUGCAGCUCGAGAUUCUAAAGAAAGUGGUGAAAGGAAAAUCAAAGUGAUUGGAUCCCGAGAAGAUAAUGAUUCCAAAGAGAGUGGCGAAAGGAAAAUCAAAGUGACUGGAUUCAGAGAUGAUGAUGACUCUGCCGAGAAUGAGAGUGGGCCGGAUACUAAAGACUCUGCAGAAAAAGAGAGUCACUCUGCAGCUCGAGAUUCCAAAGAGAGUGGCGAGAGGAAAAUCAAAGUGCUUGGAUCCAGAGGAGACGAUGACUCUGCCGAGAAUGAGAGUGGACCGGAUACUAAAGACUCUGCAGAAAAAGAGAGUCACUCUGCAGCUCGAGAUUCCAAAGAGAGUGGCGAGAGGAAAAUCAAAGUGCUUGGAUCCAGAGGAGACGAUGACUCUGCCGAGAAUGAGAGUGGACCGGAUACUAAAGACUCUGCAGAAAAAGAGAGUCACUCUGCAGCUCGAGAUUCCAAAGAGAGUGGCGAGAGGAAAAUCAAAGUGCUUGGAUCCAGAGGAGACGAUGACUCUGCCGAGAAUGAGAGUGGACCGGAUACUAAAGACUCUGCAGAAAAAGAGAGUCACUCUGCAGCUCGAGAUUCCAAAGAGAGUGGCGAGUGGAGAAUCAAAGUGCUUGGAUCCAGAGGAGAUGAUGACUCUGCUGAGAAUGAGAGUGGGCCGGAUACUAAAGAUUCAACAGAAAAAGAGAGUCACUCUGCAGUUCGAGAUUCCAAAGAGAGUGGCGAGAGGAAAAUCGAAGUGCUUGGAUCCAGAGGAGAUGAUGACUCUGCUGAGAAUGAGAGUGGGCCGGAUACUAAAGAUUCAACAGAAAAAGAUAGUCACUCUGCGGCUCGAGAUUCCAGAGAGAGCAGCGAAAGGAAAAUUACGGAGUUUGAAUCCAGAGCAGAUGAUGACUCUGCCGAGAAUGAGAGUGGGCCAGAUACUAAAGACUCUGCAGAAAAAGAGAGUCACUCUGCAGCUCGAGAUUCCAAAGAGAGUCGUGAAAGGAAAAUUAAAGUCAUUGGAUCCAGAGAAGACGAUGAUUCGGGUGAGAAUGGAAAGAGGAACAGGAAUAACAACAAUUCCAAUUCUGAUGAAAGCAUCGAAAGGAAGGUCAAAGUGAUUGGAUUCGGAGGAGAUGAUGACUCGGCUGAGAAUGAGAGUGGGCCAGAUACUAAAGAUUCUGCAGAAAAAGAGAGUCACUCUGCAGCUCGAGAUUCCAAAGAGAGUGGUGAAAGGAAAAUCAAAGUCAUUGGAUCCAGAGAAGACCAAGACUCUGCAGAAAAAGAGAGUCACUCUAGAGCGCGAGAUUCCAAGGAGAGCGGUGAAAGGAAAAUCAAAGUGCUUGGAUCCAGAGAAGACGAUGACUCUGCUGAGAAUGAGAGUGGGCCGGAUACUAAAGAUUCUGCAGAAAAAGAGAGUCACUCUGCAGUUCGAGAUUCCAAAGAGAGUGGCGAAAGGAGAAUCAAAGUGACUGGAUUCAGAGACGAUGAUGACUCUGCCGAGAAUGAGAGCGGGCCGGAUACUAAAGACUCUGCAGAAAAAGAGAGUCACUCUGCAGCUCGAGAUUCCAAAGAGAGUCGUGAAAGGAAAAUCAAAGUGAUUGGAUCCAGAGAAGACGAUGAUUCGGGUGAGAAUAGAAAGAGGAACAGGAACAACAACGAUUCCAAUUCUGAUGAAAGUGUCGAAAGGAAAAUCAAAGUGAUUGGAUCCAGAGAAGAUCAUGACUCUGCCGAGAAUGAGAGUGGACCGGAUACUAAAGACUCUGCAGAAAAAGAGAGUCACUCUGCAGUUCGAGAUUCCAAAGAAAGUGGAGAAAGGAAAAUCAAAGUGAUUGGAUCCCAAGAAGAUGAUGACUCUGCUGAGAAUGAGAGUGGGCCGGAAACUAAAGACUCUGCAGAAAAAGAGAGUCACUCUGCAGUUCGAGAUUCCAAAGAAAGUGGAGAAAGGAAAAUCAAAGUGAUUGUAUCCCGAGAAGAUGAUGACUCUGCUGAGAAUGAGAGUGGGCCGGAUACUAAAGACUCCACAGAAAAAGAGAGUCACUCUGCAGUUCGAGAUUCCAAAGAAAGUGGAGAAAGGAAAAUCAAAGUAAUUGUAUCCCGAGAAGAUGAUGACUCUGCUGAGAAUGAGAGUGGGCCGGAUACUAAAGACUCUGCAGAAAAAGAGAGUCACUCUGCAGCUCGAGAUUCCAAAGAAAGUGGAGAAAGGAAAAUCAAAGUGAUUGGAUCCCGAGAAGACGAUGACUCUGCCGAGAAUGAGAGUGGGCCGGAUACUAAAGAUUCCGCAGAAAAACAGAGUCACUCUGCAGCUCGAGAUUCGGGUGAGAAUGGAAAAAGGAAUACGAACAACAACAAUUCCAAUUCCGAUGAAAGUGUCGAAAGGAAGAUCAAAGUGAUUGCAUCUGGAGGAGAUGAUGACUCUGCAGAGAAUGAGAGUGGGCCGGAUACUAAAGAUUCUGCUGAAAAAGAGAGUCACUCAGCAGCUCGGGAUUCCAAUGAAAGUGCUGAAGGGAAACACAAGUUGAUUGGAGCGGGAGGAGAUGAUGACUCUGCAGAGAAUGAGAGUGGGCCAGAUACUAAAGACUCUGCUGAGAAUGAGAGUGGGCCGGAUACUAAAGAUUCUGCAGAAAGAGGGAGUCACUCUGCAGAUCGAGAUUCCAAAGAAAGCUUCAAAAGAGAAAGCAAAAUACUUGUAUCUGGAGGAGAUGAUGAUUCCGCUGAGAAAGAGAGGCACUCUGCAGAUGGAGACUCGCGUGAAAUUGGAAAAGGAAAAGCCUUGAAUCACCAGUACAGUCCCUUCCUUGAGAAGCAGAAAGCCAACUCUGUCAUGAAGAGGCCCAGAAGAUCAAUUCGUGAAUAUUACGAAAGACACCGUGAGUAUUACUACAAGACACCAUAUGAGCGUCGCAGAGAAAUAUGCGAGUCCUACUAUCCCUGUGACUACCUGGCAAACAGGAUUGGAUUCCAAACAGCCUACCAACAAUACUUUGGAAAUUAUUAUUAAUAAACUUGAGCCCAAACUUCAGCAACAUCACAGUAUGUUAUAUCACACAUAAUGUUUAUACAGUGGAUUGGACCAUGUUAAUUAGAAUGCUGAACAAAUACUUGAGUAGUUUCCAUCAGAGUAGUUGAAUCUAGUUCUGCUGGUCACAGCUUUGCCCAUUAGAACCUUUGAUUUAAGUGGUCUUCACUGCAGCCUAGAACUGGGGCAAAAUGAGGUCUUGCUUGCUAAUGAAUCAAUCCCAUUUCCCACACUACAACUCAUACCCUGUGGGCUUUGAGCCUUAAAAAUGAACAGAUUUUCCAAAUUUUCUUCCAGAUCCCUGAUAACUAAAUUAGGGCAUUCCGCUCCCUGCCCCCCAUAACACAGUCAUUCCUUUUCCAAGGUUAACAUAUAGUAUGUACAAGCUGCUAUUUUUUCCCACCUGAAUGUACCUCACCUUUGUCCUUUUUAAAAAAUAAAAGGGGAAAUGUGUUGUGUUGUGAAAGACUUUCCUAAAAUAUUAUCCACCCCACCCACUGCCUCCAAUGAAUGCUGGCAGAUUUUGAGGGCUGCAUACCAGAAGAGCAUCGCAGAUGAUCUGCUUCCAGCCAGCCAAGGCAUUCUAAGCUGGCUACAGUGAAGUAUUUGCCCAGACAAAUUAGCUGCUGGCAGCAAUGGGCUUUUUAUUGUCCCUAAUUUGGCCCCUUUCCUCACCAAGGCCACAAUGCAAUUGAUGUUGGAAAUGGAAACGUGCAUGGUGGUUUACUAGGAGGAGUGCUAAUGAGUAAUUGUCAUUGUGUAACUGACUGGUGUUGCACCUGCAAGUGCUUGAUGCCAACACUGAAUGCCUGAAUGAAAAAUGUUCCAUGGCCAACUAAAAUAUCUUUCACCCGAACAGGUCUAGCAAAGCAAGCAGGUUAAUAACUACUUUCUUUUCUGCCCUUCAUUCAGUUUAAAAAUAAUUUUAUUUCCAGUUCUAACAUUAAACUUGCAGUGGAAGAGGAAUUAUAUAGGACAAUGCAAUAGGCAAGUGAGGGUUUUUCCUUGCAUAUCAAUGCACAAGACCAAAAAAAAAGUGCUUGAAAACAUAGCACAUUUAAAGCACUGUGGAUGCAUUGUGUGUGAUAUAACUGUGCAUGUGAUGAGGCAGUGGGUUACCCAGUUGACACCAGAACUGAGAGAGGCAAACACUCUUGAUAUAAAUGCUGCACAACAGUACUAGACCAAAUACUUAAAUGGGCACCUUGUGGCUGCUCCAAGGAAACAGGAUAACCUCCUGUUACAAUAGCAGCCAAAAGAUCUAGAUACAAGCAAUUGGUGUAGUAUUAGCAUGCCAAGUUUAUGUAUAAUAACAUCACACAGGACAUUUCCAGGGUCGAGGUUAUGUGCAAUAUCACGCAAACUAACAGAAACUAUGUACUUUUCUUCAGCAAUGGAGUAAGCUGGGUCUCCUACUGUGCUCUUUUAUAGUUUAAGCACCAAUGUUUACUUCUGUCUUAAGGCACAAAUGUAUUAUAAUUUAAACAUCGAAAGACACAGGGUCAUCCUCUCCCCAACAAGCCCAAAUACUAACUGUACAGUUGUACAUACUUGAAACUUAUGGCGUUUAAGUUUUGUAAAUUAUUUGUUUAGACUGACGCUGUAAAUUGGCUCCAUGAGGUGGAACAGAAUCGGAUAUUUGCUUAAGGACAAGAAUGGGAGCAUUAUUUUAAAACAAGCUCUUUGGCCGGUCUCCAAUUAUUUCUGUGUUAAGUCUUGUGGGAAUGAAAUUGUUUAGAGAUUGGAGCUACUCUCUCAAGAAAACAACAUCUAAUUGCUCCAUUUUUUUUUUAAGCGAGUAAGGAAUCCUAGAAGUCAAGGGGAUUAGUCUUGUGUAGAGUCAGCCCUGAGUCGACAAAGACUUCCAACAAGGGAGUUUAGAGGAUGAAAUAGACGCACAAAAAAAAAGAAAAAACAGCUUCCUUAAUUUGAAAAAAUAUUCCAACGACACUCAAAGGGAUACAACAUUCCCUCACAAUAACCGGAUAACUGCUCCAGGGGGUUAGGGGAGACUCUUGGUGUCUUCAGUUAUGUAUUUCAUGAUCUUCAGAACCAGUAUCACUGCUUUGUUGCACAGGCUGAAAAUAAUGCACUUAAGUUCAUUGCAUUGUAUUUCCUACUUUAGUUGAGCUGAUAUCCUGUAGUUUGAUGUCUGUAUUUUAUGAAUAUAACAAUAAAAAUAACAAGAUGAA